AUGCACACUCUACGCAGUAAUCGCAAAACUGUAUCUCCGGCGGCAAAUUUUCCGUCCGUCCUUGCUUCUAUUCAACUCCUGGUAAUCUCACGUCUCAAAGUCAACCGGAAGAUCAACGAUAUGUUCAAGUUCUGGGGUUCUCAAGAACAACAAGCUGAUGCUGAUCCAAGGCCACAGGAAGUUUCAACAAACUCAUGGUAUUCUCCCUCAUCAAGUUCUUCUUCUCGUCCCUCAACACCCAAUUCCAUCAAUACCAUGCAAAGGCCUGGAGAUCAACCUCAACCUCAUUUAUUAUCUCCUGUUUCUCCUACAGAGGCUGCUGCCAUAAUUGUUUAUCUAAAAGACAAAAGUGCUGAUGAGUUGAGGAAACUUUUGUCUGACAAAGAGGCUUAUCAACAAUUCUUGCUUUCACUUGACCUUGUCAAAACUCCAAAUAAUUUAAGAGAUGAACUCCGGAAUGAAACUCUGCAACUUGCUAGAGAAAACUUGGCAAAAGAAUCAUGUAUGACAGAAUUGCGCAACCAGUGCAUGAUCAUAAGGACAACUGAAUUGGCAACUGCUGAAGAGAAGCUAAAUGAGCUCAACAGACAAAAAGCAGAAAUCCUCAGAUCUUACUCCCCAGCUUCUUUGUUACACCAGCUUCAAGAGCUGAUAAAUAAGACAGAUGAAGAAUCUGAAAUGCUGCAUAAACAGCUACUUGAAAAGGAGAUGGAUGUUGCAAGUUUUGUUCACAAGUACAAGAAGUUGCGUGUGGAUUACCAUAAACGUGCUCUCACACACCUUGCAGCCACUACAUCUUUGUCGGGUUAACCGGUUUCUUUAUUUGAAGUUGAACAUUGCUACAAGUAACAUUUUGUAAUUACAAGAGAUUUCAUUUUGUUGCAUUUGUAAAUUUGUUGAAUCUUUGAAAAAGAACCAAGGUCUUGUUUGUUUUUGACUUAAAUGGGACAUGAAUUGGGUGGUGUUUGUUUUUUUGAGAAAGA